UCAUUUUCUUGGAAGACAGAAAAAUUAACGUUAGAUGGAUGUUUGGUUAUUAAGCUAACUUCUGGUAUCCAUGUGGUGUGAAGUGAAUACAAAGAAUUCCUUCAGUCAGCAUUAUAUUAACUAAUUUAUUUGUGUAAGAGUGUAUAUGCACCUGUGUGUGUGGAUGUGAGCAUUUAUGCAAAUGCAGAGGAGAGGAGGGCAUCCGAUUGGUUAUCACUUUAUUUCCUUUAUCACUCUUCAUAUAUUCCUUUGAGGCAGGGUCUCUCCCUCUCUCUUCCUCUCCCCCUCCCUCCCUCCCUCCCUCCCUCUCUCUGAACCUGGGGCAGUGUUUUCUCAGCCAAGCUGGAAGCCAUCCCCAGUGAUCCUUCUGUCUGCACCGACUCAGACCUGAAACUACAGGCCCGCACCAGGCUUGCUCGGUGGGUGCUGGCAUCUGAACUCGGGUUCUCUUGAUUACACAGCUCCCUCAAUGAACAUUUUUGUUUUGGUUUGUUUUGAUUUCUUUUGAAAACAUACUUGGGGAAAAUGCUUACCCACUCUCUUGUGUUUCAGAAGAGGCCUAGUUGGUGGCUUGUCAUGUCAAUAGUAACUGUGCAGCUUGGGCAGUGUGGCAACCAGAUUGGUUUUGAAGUGUUUGAUACUUUAUUUAGAGACUCACACUGUUCCCAGGGACUCUGCUCUAAGAGAGAAAAUGAGGCCUAUCAAGCAUCUUGCAGUGAAAGAUUUUUCAGAGACGAAGAAAAUGGAGUUCCAGUUGCCCGGGCCGUGCUUGUUGACAUGGAACCUAAAGCUAUCAAUCAAACCCUAUCCAGAGCUGCCCAGGCUGGCCGAUGGAAAUACGGUCAGCAUGCAUGCUUUUGUCAGAGACAAGGAUCUGGGAACAACUGGGCAUAUGGGUACUCUGUGCAUGGCCCGAAGCAUGAAGAGCCUAUGAUGAACCUAAUCCAAAAGGAGGUGGAGAAAUGUGACUCUCUGAGUGGAUUUUUCAUCAUCAUGAGUAUGGCUGGGGGAACAGGAUCGGGGCUGGGAGCCUUCCUUACACAGAAGUUACAAGACCAGUACUCCAGUGCCUUGAAAAUGAAUCAGAUUAUAUGGCCUUAUGGAACUGGCGAGGUUAUCGUGCAGAACUACAACUCCAUCUUGACUCUCUCUCACUUGUACCGGUCUUCAGAUGCCCUCCUCAUUCACGAAAAUGAUGCCGUCCACAAGAUCUGUGCCAAACGGAUGAACAUCAAGCAGAUCUCCUUCAGAGAUUUAAACCAAGUUCUUGCCCAUCAGCUGGGGAGUGUGUUCCAGCCUACGUACUCUGAGGAUGGCUCGCUUCACUACCGCAGGAAUCCACUAGGAGACUUAAUGGAGCAUUUAGUUCCCCACCCCGAAUUUAAAAUGCUGGGUGUUCGUAACAUUCCACAGAUGUCUGAGAACUCUCUGGCAUACAGCACGUUUACCUGGGCUGGCCUCCUCAAGCAUCUAAGACAGAUGCUUAUUUCGAGUGCGAAAAUGGAAGAAGGUAUCGACUGGCAGGUGCGGCCUCCUUUCUCAGGUCUUCCACCUCUUGGCAAAAUGUCUGUCCAAAAGGAUCUUCAUUUUAACACUUCUAUUGCUAACUUGGUCAUUCUCCGUGGCAAAGACGUGCAAAGUGCAGAUGUGGAGGGGUUUAAAGACCCAGCUCUCUACACUUCCUGGUUGGAGCCUGUUCAUGCUUUUAGCCUGUGGAAAACCCAGCGAGCCUUUGACAAGUACGAGAAGUCUGCAGCCCUGGUCAGCAACAGCCAGCUCCUAGUAAAGCCGCUUGACAGGAUCGUGGGCAAGGCGUGGAAUAUGUUUGCAUCCAAAGCCUACAUUCAUCAGUACACAAGAUCUGGAAUGGAGGAGGAAGACUUCUUGGACAGUUUUACAUUGUUAGAACAAGUGGUUGCCAGUUACGGUAGUCUCUGACCCUAAGAGGAAAGCACCUCACAGGAGUCUUGGACUAAAGUAUUUUCAGAAUUGAACCAUGCUCAGCGGAGGUCACGUGUGAGCCCAGCACUCUGGAAGUCGAAGCAGGAGAAUCAGGAGCUCAAGACCAUCUUUGGCUACAUCAAAAGUUCAAGGCC